AUGAGAGAAAUCAGCCGGGGUGCAGAACAAUUUGCCACCGCCGCCGCCGGCGGUGGUUCGAGGAUUCCUGAGGUUGCGAUCGCUAUCGGGGACGAUGGGAUCUCCGAUUCGAAUUUAAAACCAAAUGCUUCGGACGAGGCUGCGAAAAGGGAUGUUAUUGGAGAUGAACGGCGCUCGUCUUUUGUGAUCGACGUCAAGAGGGACAGUCAGAGAAUCUGCAGAAUAUGCCAUUUGAGUGCCAAGGAGAGCGGCAAGACCUCGCCUGAGUUGAUCGAGCUCGGCUGCGGAUGUAAAGGGGAGCUUGGCGUUGCCCAUUCACAUUGUGCCGAGGCGUGGUUUAGAUUGAAGGGGAACAGAUUGUGUGAAAUAUGUGGCGAGACUGCCGAGAAUAUCACGGUUUUAAAUGAUGCUGGAUUUAUGGAGGAGUGGAAUGAGAGUCGAUUGGCCGAUACUUUUAGUAGCCCACCCGAGGGGAACCGAAGGUGCUUGCACGGGCAGCCCUUAUGUAAUUUCUUAAUGGCGUGUUUGGUAAUAGCUUUUGUUCUUCCGUGGUUUUUCCGCGUAAACAUGUUUUAG